AAAAGAAAGAUGUCAUAUCAAGUUGAUAUAUUUGAGACUUCGAAAACUUUAACUGAUUUAAAAUAAUUACCUACCAUUGAUCCCAACCUUGCUAAUGUGGAAAAAACAUAUUAAUUAAAGAUCAAAACAUUAAAUUAGUCGAGGAACAUAAGAUAUCACAGAGAAAAAAUCAGUAUCUAAACUAGUUUCAAUUCGAAGUAAUCAGCACAAUGAAAUUAAAAAUAUAGUUCCCUCAUUGAUGCUGCAACUUUUUUAGUAUGUAAUUACUAAUUAGUAAAUAUCUACUUUUGUGUGUGUGUGUGUGUUUUAGGCUGUUAGGAGGAACGCGUUUUGAACUUUUGCUUUAUAAACAAAACGACCAAUGUCAAACAGAUAUGACGUGAGAUCCUUGGGAAUGCUUACACAACCUGUGUCAACAUAUAUUGAUUACUCAUCCAUUGCGUGAAAAAUCUCAAGUGAAAAGUGAAAAGUGAAAACGAUAGCAAAAAGGAGAGAAAAAAAUUAAGAAAUUUAAGUUAGGAGAUUCAAGCAACCGACCUUUAUCUAAAUUUACCAACAGAAUAAAUCAUGUAUAAGGACAUCUGUUUGUUAUAUUCUGAAUGUUUGUGUUUAAAAAAAAAGUAAAUAAAAAAAAGAAUGAUUAAUCAAAAUGAACAAAUUUCAUUUGAUGAAUUCGUCGCAGCAAAUGUAUUUGAUCCAUCGGCUAGCAACGCUCCAGUGGGUCACCACCAGAGUGGGUCAUGGGGAUUGAAACAAUUACGGUUUAAAACUCUGAUACCCAAGCGUAGAGCCAUGAGCUAAAAUAUAAUGUAAUUAGGCCUAAAUGUAACUAAUUGAUCAAUCUACCCCGACUCAAUCUACGUCUAAUUCAUGUUUUAUGGAGAUCGUCAAAGUCAAUCAAAAUGAUUCCUUCCUUUAAAGCAAGAAUAGAGAUUAUUUUCUUUGUCUAGUACUUAAACUCACGUAUCUCUUUCUGAUUAUUUAGAUAGACCAUGUUAAAAUCAAAUGAUUAUUAGAGUUUUAGAGAGUUAAGAUACCAAUAGAGUUUUUUUUUUAAUUGUUGGUUGUAUAUUAUUGAUCCUACUCUCCUAAUUUAAUAUAAGGAUCAAUAUUGUGUGAAUCAGUUUGUAGUCGGAUAUCAAUCACUAUGAGUAAUGGAACUUUGGAUUUUAGUUUAAUUUAAGAAGAAGGAAACUCUUUUCAACGUACCUAAACACAUAAUUUUAAAACUUUUACCUUAAUUGCUCUCCGUCUCGUUUUUUCAACGAACAGAUAUAGAGAUUUUUGUUAUUUUUAUAUUAACAAAAAAAACUUUAUUUUUUCAACCUACUUUUUACCGCAAAAACUAUCUUCCAACAUAUGAACAUUACUUUGUACAUCCUUUUUCCAAAAACAAAAAUCAUUAUAUCAACCCAUACUUUAACUACAAACUCUUCAUUCAUUAUUUUUUUUUGCUUGCAUCUAGUACUUAAACUCGUGUAUCUCUUUCUGAUUAUUUAGAUAGUUCAUGUUAAAAUCAAAUGAUUAUUGGAGCGCUAAGAUACCAAUAGUGUUUUGAUUCAAUACAUGUAAUCAGUUAGUAUCUAUCGUACCUUUUUUUUUUGUCACUGAAUUAUAUUAAAAUAAAAAGGAAAGCAGGACCCAAAAGUCAUUAGCCCAAGUUCUGCGCCUACUCUCCUAAUUUAAUAAAAAGGAUCAGUAUUGUGAAUCAGUUAGCAGUCACGAGUCAGAUUUUAAUCACUAUUGAGUAUCGAGUAAUGAAACAUUGGAUUUUAGUUUACUUGUAGAAGAAGAAAACUCUCUCAACGUCCGAAAUAGAUAAUUUUUUAACUUGUAUACGCACUCUUAACUUAUUUGCUUUCCAUCUAAUUUAUUCAGCGUACGCAAAUAGAUAUUUUAGCUUUUUUUAUGAAAACUUUUACCGCAAAAACAAACUUUCAACAUACAAAAAUAGAUAAUUCACCUUUUACGUUUAUUUUACCUCUUAAAACUUUUCACUCUCAGCGUUUUUACUUUUUUUUUUCAAAAAAAAGUUCAUUUUAUAUCAACCCACACUUCAACCACAAAUCUUCAUUCUCAUUUUCUUCAACAUAUUUUUCCUCUCAAGCAAGAUAUGUAAGUUAUUUAGUUUUAGUGAUCUUAGUCUUAUUCGUCUUUUUUUUUCUACAUGAACAAUGAAAACUGUGACCGUAAACUAACUUUCAACAUAAGAAAAUAGAUAAUUCUCCUUUUAUGUUUAUUUUACCUCUUAAAAUUUUGCACUCUUUAGCCUUUUUUUUAUUCAAAAAAAGUUCAUUAUAUCAACCACAAAUCUCCACUCUCAUUUUUUUCAACAUAUUUUUUCCUCUCAAGCAAGAUAUGUAAGUUAUUUGUUUUUAGUGAUCUUAAUCUUUUUCUUCUUCUUUUCUUUUUUACAUGAACAAAUGACAUUGCUUAAUCGGUGAAUCAUUUGUAUUGGUUUAGAUUUUAAAAAUCUUAUAUAUUGAUUUUCUGUUGCAGAAUAUGGAGUUGUUCAUUAAUUGGGAAAAUGAUGCUAAUAACCUCGUCGACGACAUCGAGUGGAUACAAAUUCAUGGCACGGGCUGGGCGUAUUCUCUUAGGCGGCACAUGAAUGCGGCAUGUAGAAUUGCGAACUUAAUUGGUGCAGAAUCCCUCUCUGUGGACUACUUGGUCAACUACAUGAGAAUGACUUCAGGGCUUACAAUCACCUUGGGUCUUCCUUCCCUUCAUUCGGUUAGGCCCUUCCUGAUCUGGGAGGGUAUGGUCCUGGAUGAUGAUUAUCAAAUGUUGUUUGCUCAAUUUAUGAGGAUCCCGGAACUCCCACUUCCGAGGGGAAUUCGUCGUUUCGUAGUUACGGACAUGAUAAUUCAUUCUCUAGAUCACUAUCAUUCCCCUAUUACAGAGGGGAAUCCGUCGUUUCGUAGUUACGGACAUAAUAAUCAAGACUUUGAACAAGCAUUCAUCAAUGCAAUGAAUCGUUCCCCUAUUACAGCGGCAAUCCCAACCUACCCAUCGAUACUUUCGUUCUUAGCAAACGCCCCUGAAAAUAAUAUUUACGCUCCGACGCUCCUAGAACUUCUUUUUGAUGAUUACCAAAUCUGCAUGUUAUGUUCGCUACUGGAAGAGGCGUUUAUCAAGGAGUUCCUUUUGUCAGGUUUCGAGACAGUUCUGGGUUAAUCAACGGUGGCUUCAUGAAUGUUGAAUUGGGUCAAGGAAUCAUCGUUCAGUUUGUCGAGCUGAUUGGAGCAUAUGUCUUUAUUUGAUCGGUGCCGAAAUGAUCUAGAGCCUGCUAUGGCGAUGCCCCUAUCUCUACCCCCUAUUUAUAUAACAGAUUUCUAUUACUUUACUUUUGCUGUUUCAUAACUUAUCAACAUCUUUCGGUACGCGUUUAAUUGUUUCGGUAAUUGGAUAUUUGUAGUGAUGACCUUUUGUGCUGAAAACUAUUUACAUGAACAACAUAUAUAAUAAGAGAAACCAAUGACAAAUCUAUUAGUAUAUGAUAACAUCUGUGAAAAAAUCUAUUAGACGUAUAUAAUAUCAAGUACUAGUGGUGUAAAUGUGAUAGCUUCUAAUAAAAUUAUAUGAGAAUGCAUAAUAUGUGAACACUAUAAAUAUUAAAGUGCAAAUAUUCGUUUGUGUCUACUAGACAAACUCCAAUGCAAUCAUGAUGAUAAAGACCUAAUCACUUAUAGAAACGUGUGAAGGAUUCUGUUUCUUUAUGUUGGUUCUAAAUGGCAUUAUCGGUAAGAAAUAACUGAUUCAUAA